UGUUGUUUUCCGACGUGGACUCUUUUGAAUGGGCAACAGUCCCAUAUUAUCAAUGAACUCGUGAAAAACAAAUCAGUCCUGUGACAAUGUACCUCGACAGUUCAAAAUCGUAAGCCAAAUGGGUGGAGGAGUAAUCGGUUGAAACAAAAUUCACAUUUACUGGAGUAAAUACUUAGUUAUGACCUUGUCUGUCGAUCCUUUGCGGCUUCGGAGACAACAAAAAGAAAAUGAUGUUCACACGUGUCACUCUGAUCACCUGUAUGUUGGUCCUGGUCCAAGCUAACCACGAAUACCAGAAGAAGGAUCUCAUUCGCCUAAGGAACGAAGUUAAAUCCAUGUUCGAUCACGCCUACUCGAGCUACCUGAAGUACGCCUACCCUUACGAUGAGCUGCGUUCCCUGAGCUGCGAUGGGUUCGAUACCUGGGGGAGUUUCUCCCUCACGCUUAUCGAUGCUCUGGACACCCUCGCGGUGAUGGGAAACUACACGGAAUUUCGACGAGUGGCGGAGAUCAUCUCCUCGAGAAAGGACUUCAAGGCCAACAUAAAUGUCUCUGUGUUCGAGACGAAUAUCAGGGUGGUUGGGGGUCUCCUGUCAGCCCAUCUGCUCUCGAAGAAGGCGGGAGUCAAGCUUGAGCCAGGCUGGCCUUGCAAUGGCCCUCUGCUUCGACUCGCUGAGGAUAUGGCCAGACGACUUCUGCCAGCCUUCGAUACUCCCACAGGAAUGCCUUAUGGAACAGUAAAUCUAGAAUACGGAGUGCCAGAUGGUGAGACCAGUGUCACCUGCACCGCAGGAAUUGGUACUUUUAUCCUGGAGUUCGGUACAUUGUCACGAUUGACUGGUGAUCCCAUCUAUGAGGAAGUGGCGAUGAAUGCCAUCAAAGCCCUUCACUUCUACAAAUCGAAGAUUGGACUAGUUGGAAAUCACGUAGACGUCCUGACUGGCCACUGGACGGCCACUGACUCUGGAAUAGGCGCUGGUGUCGACUCCUACUUCGAGUACCUGGCGAAGGGAACUCUGCUACUCCAGGAGCCCUUCCUCGCGAAUAUGUUUCACGAGUACAGGAGGGCCAUCGAGAUAUACGUAAGACGGGAGGACUGGCACCUUUGGGUCUCCAUGACCGAGGGACAGGUGACCCUACCGGUUUUUCAGUCCCUGGAUGCCUAUUGGCCUGGGGUGCUGAGUCUCUUUGGGGAAAUCACUGAUGCCAUGAAGUCUCUGCAUAAUUAUCACAGGGUGUGGAAGCAGUAUGGGUUCACUCCAGAGUUCUACAACAUCGCCCAGGGGGAGGCGGGAACCAACAGGGAGAGCUAUCCGUUGCGACCGGAACUCAUUGAGUCGAUUAUGUAUCUGUACCGGGCGACUAAGGAUCCUUAUCUGAUACAGUUUGGGGUCGACAUCCUGAGGAGCCUCCAGCACAGCGCAAAGACAUCUUGCGGCUACGCUACCAUAAACGACGUGAGAGAUCACAAGAAAGCGGACAGGAUGGAGUCCUUUUUCCUGGCAGAAACGACCAAGUAUCUGUACCUUUUAUUCGACACCGACAAUUUCAUUCAUAACAACGGCCAGAAGGGGGACGUGGUGAGGACCCAGUGGGGUCAAUGUGUCGUGGACGCUGGUGGUUAUAUCUUCAACACCGAGGCACACCCCAUAGAUCCUGGGGCGCUGAGCUGCUGUAGACCUGUCCGAAGUCUCUUCAACGAUAAAAAAUCAGUCAUGGGGAGGUUUGUGCCUGCGAAUGUUCAGGUGGAUGAUGUGGAGGAGGUGAAUUCCCAGACGGAGAGCACUGGAGAGAUUGAAAUUGACAGGUUAGGCGAUAUGAAGCUGAAGGAAGCCAAGAGAAGAAGUGCGGAGAUGCUUGGUGAUGACAUCAGUGAGAGCUCCGGAGAGGGGACAACUGGCGCUGACAUUGGACAGCACCUUGAGAGAUCUGGGGAUAUUGAGGAGGAUGAGGACAAGGGCGAGGGCUCGGGAGAACCCAGGGGACAGGCCCAGGGCCCAGAACCGCGAAAUAAUACCAAGGUACCCAAUUAUGCUGAAGAGAUCGAGAGGAAGCCUUUCGUACCUCAAGCACUCCUGGAGAAAAUUCGCAGACUCAAUUUGUAUCCCAGGAACGCUUCACUCGCAGGCGAUUAUCAAGUCAUCUCAUGCUCUGCUCAGCCCUUCCUUCAGAGGAUUUCUAUCGUGGGAGAAUUCUUCUGACAGAGGUUUAGUGGGGAUUUUAUUUAUAAUUGAAGACUGUGAUGUUGAAAAUUUGAAUAUUUCCAGGCGAGAGUUUUUAAUUGUGGGGAGGGACUCCGGGAGGUUGUCGGGUCAUAUCAGUGCAAUUGUCAGAGGUUUUUGAAGGAUCUGAUGAAAAAAUAUAUAAAUUGUCAAGGAAUUAACAUUGUUGUUUAAUAAAUAAUGCUUUAGGAUUUA